CGGCGGCGGCGGCCGGGCCAUGGCCCCGCAGCAGCCCCGGGCCGGGCCGUACGGGCGCUCCGACAGCGGCGGCUCGGAGGCCCGCAUGCUGGCGGACGGCCCCGGCGGCGGCCCCCGGGGGGGGCGGCGGCGGUGCGGGCCGCUGUGGGGCAGCGUGGCCGUCAUGGCCAUCGUCGCCCUGCAGAUCGCCUCCACCACCGGCCUCUUCGUCUACUUCACCAUGGCCAUCUCCAAGCUCAAAGCCCAGUCACAAGGGAGCUUGGAGGAGCUGAGGUGUCUGCAGCUCAUCAACCAGCAGCAGGAGGGCUCCAACUUGGAGGAGCUAAUCGGCAACCAGCCUUGCCUCAAGCUGGCCAACACCAUCAAAGCCUAUGUGGCCAUGGUGACGGAGAACAUGAUCCACAGGAGCGUGAAGGAGGCCCGGAAGAGCUACUUCAAUACCUCGGAGGGACAGGUUCCUCCCAAAACACCUGGCAAACCCUCAGCACAUCUCACCCUCCGCCCGCAGAGCCUGGCCCUGGAUGGAAUCUCCAAGCGCUUUGGGAACCUCUCCCAAUCCUGCCGCCAUGCCAUUGCUCGCUGGGAAGACAGCACCAUCCACUCCCACCUGCAGAACAUCACGUACCGGGAUGGCCGGCUACGGGUCAACCAAGCGGGCAAGUACUACGUCUACUCCCAGAUCUACUUCCGCUACCGCAGCGAGGGGGCCGAGGGGGCCAGCACCCGCAUCUCCGUCCCCCAGCUCGUGCAGUGCAUCAACUGGAAGACAUCCUACAGCCAGCCCAUCCUCCUGCUCAAAGGGGUCGGCACCAAGUGCUGGGCACCCGAGGCAGACUACGGCCUCCACGCUCUCUACCAGGGGGGACUGUUUGAACUCAAGGCCGGCGAUGAGCUCUUUGUCUCGGUCUCCUCGCUGGCCAUUGACUACAACGAUGCAGCAGCCAGCUAUUUUGGGGCCUUCCAGCUCGACCUGUGACAGCCUCCUCAUCCUCACGCCUCCCCUGUGCUCCUGCUCUAUCGACUCUUCUGUGCGGCCCAGGGUGGCAGCUGUUUGAGCUGCUGCUGAAUGCAGCUCCCACAUGGCCGGGGGGGCCUGGUGCAGCGUCGUUCCCUGCGUGUGUUGUGCCUUGUGGGUGUCUGCUGGAGCUGGGUGAGACUGCAGGGAUCGCAGCGUGGGACAGGCCUCCAGCAAGAGCCGCACCACCAGCAUACCUUGUGACCCCCCCCCCCACCCUCCACAAAGCAGAGGCACAGGGGUCACAGCCACAAAUGCAAGACCAAUUCUCCCUGUGGAAGGACAACCCCCUGCAACUCUGAAUCCACGUUUGGCAGAGGCAGGUCCAGCAAACCAGGCUGCGAGGCUCAGCGACCCUGAGCUGGCGGUGUUGGGGCAGAAGUCAGGAUUAGCAGAGAGCGGUGGCACAGCGAGCACUGCUCCAGGGUUGCCCGCCACCCCAACAGCAUCAGGGGACAGCCUGCAGGCACAAGGCAGACCCAGCACCAGCUUCCAGAAAGCAGCAAAGGAGUUUCAUUUCAGGAUAGUUAGAAACCUGGACCAGUGCCAGCAAUCAGCUUCUGAGGAGUCAAAGAGCAGGGCCACAAAGCUGGAAUAAUUACCAGCACAAGCAACCACACCUAGGCACGUGGCAGAGAUGUGCACCUUGCCCCGGUGGAUUAGACGUCUUCAGUGGCACUGCAUCAACAGAGCCCAGGGCUUAGCAAGUCUAGAGCAGCAUCUUCUCUCCGUCCCCAAAUAGCUGAGACUGUGUCACACCAAUGAGAGUGCCACGCCAUCAGGAGCCUGGGGAAGCCCAUCAGAAGAGCAGAAAGCUGGGGGAACUUCAGACCCUUCAGACCCUGGCACCCUGGUCUGGUCCUCAACAGGCUGGCACAAGCACCAGCACCCGCAGACCCCCAGGUGCUUCUUCGUGGCCCACACAAACCCCCUGACAGCGAUGAAGAGACUUCAAACCCCCAGAUCAGCUGUUCCCUGGGAGCAGCCUGGCCUGUGGCAGCUCCCCAUGAGCCUUGUGUGAGAGCAGUGGCAUGCAGGGAAGGGGUGCCCAGCCCCCUGCUGCUGAGCUGUGCCAGCUUCGUCGUGCUGCGGGUGAGCUGGUCCGUCCUGUGGGACAGGGUGCAGCUCAAAUGGACAGAGCCAAGCCGAGGUGCUUGGCAUCAGGCCUCCCCUUUGCUUCUGACCAAGUAUCUCUUUCCCUAGGGUUUUGUUUCUCCCAGCCCUGUUGGGCCAGCACAGCUGCUCUCUUGCUCACACCAUGAGCCUUCGCAGUCGUUACCCUCCACGAUUUCAGCUCAGGCCGUGCGUGAGCCCAUGCAGUAGCAGCACGGAGCCCAGCACGGACAAGAUCAAACGCCCCGUUGUUAAACCCCCAGGAUGUGACAGACACAAAAGAUGUGUUCAAGCAGAGCGGAGCAUGAUAAAGCUGACUGGGACACUGGGGUGGAUGCAGCCCACUUUUGUAAUUACUUGUGUACUCUGUGUCAUAUUAAGUCUGUUGGUGUGCAAGUCGCUCUCCUGCACGGACAGGCCAGCAGCACAGACUUCCACGAAGGACGCAAGUACCCCUCCUGCCGACACAGCUCUAUGGGGGGGGGGUCUCAGUGCCUGUUUAAAUAAAUCCUGUACUCCAGCA